GCUCUAAUUAGUUAAAUAUACGAUGAAGUUAACCAGAAUUAAUCACAACCAUCUAUAUUUACAAGCCGUGCUGAGAAUUAUGGCAACACUGCAGGUAGGGUCGAUUUUAGAAUUCAACAGAUUUUGGGUGUAAUAAACCUAUUUACCUGUUUUAACUGAGUGAGAUUGCGACAAUUUGCGUUAUCUCGUAUUGAAUCAACAGAAAUUAUUAUUCAGGUAAGUUGCUAAACGAAAUAUAUCGAUUUGUUGUCAUAACCUUUAAAGCAGUUACUUAUUAUUACUGGACACUUUACGUCUUUACAAGUACUUGUAUUUGUUCAAGUACAUGAACAAGCUCAAAUAUGACUACAUUACAUACACACUACGUGGCCGCUAACGCUGAACGCUAAGGUACAUUUACAUUCAAUUCAAAGUUGAAUUGGCACAAGAAUUUACGAAACUAUCAUUUACAUUGCACGCGCCUUACAUUCUCCUAACCUCACAAUUAACGGUCAGCUGAUUACUGUUUACAUUUUAUAAGUUGUCUUGUGGUUAUUGAGAAAUGAAUAAUAAUCUCCAUAAAGCAGUUAUUUUGGGUUCUUUGGGUGUUGCAGUAGCCUUGCUAGCUCGUGAUCGUGAAAAUAAAAAUAAAAAACAAGUACGUCGAAAAAGGAAGAUGUGGGUUAAAGACAUAUACUUGAAAAGAAAGGAACAGGGCUUAUUUAACAAUUUAAUUAAAGAGAUGCAACUAAGUGACCCUGUCUUGUUUUUCAAUUUUGCACGCAUGAACGCCACCUCAUUUGAACGUUUACUAUUGCUGUGUGGAAAUUAUCUUACUAAACAUUCACCAAGAGAAGCUAUACCACCUUCGCUUCGCUUGAUGCUAACGUUGAGGUUUCUUGCUACAGGCGACUCAUAUCCAAGCCUAGCCUAUGCAUUUCGAGUCCAUCCUUCAACUAUAUGUAACAUUGUAUGGGAAACAUGUCAUAUUUUAUGGGCCGUUCUAUCUCCAACAUAUUUAAAGCCACCUUCAGAAGAGGGCUGGCUAAAAGUGACACAAGACUUUUACAACUUAUGGCAAAUGCCCAAUACACUCGGCGCAAUGGAUGGGAAACAUAUUAGAAUCCGAGCCCCGUCUAAUUCAGGAUCAAGAUUUUAUAAUUAUAAAAAAUACUUCAGCACAAUUUUAUUUGCUGUAUGUGACGCCAAGUAUAAUUUUAUCUAUGUGGAUAUUGGUUCUUAUGGAGCUCAGAGUGAUGGUGGUGUAUUUAGAAAAUCCAGUUUGGGGCAAAAAUUAUUAUCAGGGCAAUUAAACUUACCAAUAGGUUGUCCUUUACCAAACGAUCCCAACAAUUGUACUGUUCCAACAUUUUUUAUUGGUGAUGAGGCCUUUCCUUUGCUGACCAAUCUAUUAAGACCUUACAGCAAACGGGAGAAACGUAUGCCUGAAGAUCAACUUAUUUUUAAUUAUCGGUUGUCAAGAGGAAGACGGGUCAUUGAAAAUACCUUUGGCAUUAUGGUUGCCAGAUUUCGAAUAUUUCUUCGCGAAAUACAUGCUGAACCAGAAACAGUUGAUGCAAUUGUUAAAGCAGUUGUAUGCCUGCAUAAUUUUAUUAAAAGUGAGAAAAUUGACAUGUAUUAUAACAGUUCAGUUGUAGACAGGGACACAAAUGGUACUAUUCAACCUGGCAGUUGGCGAGAUAUGGUCAGUGAAAAUACAGCAUUUCAAUCUGGUACUGUACGUUUUGGGAACCGGAAUGCUGCUAAGGCUGCCUGGAAGCUUCGUGACUACAUUAAAGAAUAUGUAAAUGGCGUUGGGGGUGAUUUAUGUCCAUGGCAGUGGGAUUGUAUAAAAAGAACUGAAUAAUGUAGUACAUAGAAAAUAAAAUUUAUUUUGAAAUUCACAUUUAAAUAGGAUUUUAGGAAUAUAAAAAUAACUUGUGAAUUUA